AUUUUGUAAUGAUACUGUUUGAGUGAUUGAAAAACUCCACUGACUGGAUUUUAACUAAAGUAGGAGUAAUGGAUGUACAUGGUUGCAGUGCUGCUACCUCCCACAGUAUGAAAGAAGGCAAUUCAAAAAGUAAUUCAGCCACUAUCAGUGAUGCUAAAAAUUCAAGUCAACUUCAAAGCAAUACCAGUGAACACUGCAGAACAGAAUCUGUUGCUCCUGACAGAACUAAUGACCCAAGUGAUGGUGCUAUGAAUGUAAAUAAUGUAUCAAGAGAAAGCAAUGUUAUUGAUUUAAAGAGUAAGACAAAUGGUGAGGAUAGUGUUUCUAAACAUUUGCCAAAAUGUGUUGAGGAGCCUGUUGAUGAUAAACAUAAUGCCGUAACAGCCCUGACUAAAGAAGAGUUUAUGAUCCUGUCACCCGAACAAAUGUGGGAACAUUGCCAGCAGCUCUACAUUGCAGCUCAAAAACUUCAGGCAAAACUUAGUAUAAAAAAUGCUCCUAGUUCUUCUACAGAUGCUGAUGAAGGUGACUUGAGAGAGGCUGCUGAACGUUUAAAGAGUCAGCUUGCAGAGGCACAGAGGAAGGAAGCGUAUCAUAUCAUGAGACUGUCAACUAAAGAGCAUGAGCUUCAAGAGAUGGCUGGGAGUGUUGCAUCAUCCAAGAGUUACAGCAUCGCCCGUGGGUCCUUGCUUGAUCCUGCAGUCAACCUCUGCAUUGAGCGCCUAAAACGUGACCUUGAGGCAGCCCGUAGCAAGACGGAGGAGGCCCAGAAUGAACUUGCAGCCUGGAAAUUCACCCCUGAUAGCAACACAGGCAAGCAGCUGAUGGCUAAAUGCAGACUGCUUAUCAAAGAGAACGAGGAGCUGGGACGUGCCAUCAGCUCUGGCAAGGUAGCCAAGUUGGAGGGCGACAUCACAAUGCAGAGAGAGUGCACCGAAGAACUCAAAAAGUCACAAUCAGAGCUGGACGAAUUCCUCAUGGAGGUGGAGGAGGAGACGGAAGGCAUGCAAGGCACCAUCCUUUACCUCCAACAGCAGCUGCGUUCUACGAAGCAGCAGCUACAGCAACUCCAAGCUGCGCAAACGACCAGCAUCAACAACAACAGCACAUGCAACAGUCCUGUAGUAGCUCUAUCCGCAACCCCUCCAAUGCAGCAUCCUGCAGCAAGUUCAUCAGCAACGCCAUUGUCUCCUCAAAGAGUUGCAACCUCAUCCAAUACUGCUGCGUCGUCAGCUUCCGUCAUGAAUGAAACGCCUGCUGCUGUAGCUGAGUUAUCAGCAAAUAUGAACCUUGAAAGCAAAGUCCCGAUGAGCCCUAUAAAAGAAACUCUCGAUCCCGAAAUAAUUCCCGACAUUAUGGAGAGCUAUACAGAAAUUCCUACUUCAAGAGAAAGUGCAGUAAAGACAAGCCUACAUGAAGAUUUAGUUAAAAAAGAGUCAAGUGUCAAAGUUGAGUGUCUAAUUCCAAGUGAUGCUCGUGUACCGAGCCCGGAGAAACGGGGCCUUGACGAUGUGUUGUCUGAUGUUGAAUCAAUGAUAAUACCGCAUGAUGAAGUGCUGGUGGCUGUUGAUGGCCAAAUUUCUAAUGGGCAAAAGAGAACUAGACCGAAUACAGAUACUGAGUCCCUCGAUAGUACAAGCAAUUGCGAACCAGUAAAUGAGCCCAUGUGUAAAAGAACUAAGAUUACGAUGCUUGGAGAUGAAGAUCGCUCGAGCGAAUCAAAGCCUAAUGGCUUGCCAGAGUGAAGACCAUGACAUUAGUUAGUAUAUAUCACAUUAUCUCGUAAAUUCAUGAUCAAAAUUUGGUAUGGAUAAGAAACUUCUCUAAUGUAACAACGGAGUAAGAAUGAUUUGGUCGGCUUCUGACACUAACUGAAGAUGUAGAAACUUGGUUGUGUUCGCUGUUCUGUUUCUCCAUCUCCUGCAUUUAACUCUUAACAGACGAUUGAUAUUUUGUUUAAUUAUUCAAUUGGCUAGGGAUAAUUUGUUUUAAUAUCUCACUGGUUAACUGCUAGGUAUUCUCCAUAUACUUUUGGUCAGCCGUGACUCUUGCGUAAGUAAUAGUAUGUUUGGAGUUCUGAUUGUAUCUGUGGCUACUCUAGUCUUUAUUUGCCAUUAAGACCGUCGAAUAUGUGAAAAAUUUCUUUAGCUUCAAUUGUUUUAACUGCAAUAUUUUAUAUGUCUAAAUUAUAUUUCCAUUAAAAUUCUUGUGAAUUUCAGGUGGGUCUGAAAAAGAAUUUUUUUGUACUAAAUCGUCAUCCAUUUAUAGAAAAAGUGUCGUUAUUGAUUAACUUUUGACCAACUCCAAGAUCUGUUUUUCGUUUUCGUCAUACGCUGAUUGUGGUUGGUCAAUAAGACUACAAUUUUACCUGUACUUCAAGGUGUUACAAACAUGUGCGUUUAAAGAAAAAUAAAGUCUUCUGAAAUGCUGGAAUCCCGUUUUGUCUUAGCCAGGGGCAGUCGGUAAAAUAAUAUUCUUGGAAAAUGAAAGCGUAUAAAGUCUUGUACAUGCUUGUGUCGUGAUAGACGGCUGGUAGGACUAGAGUAUGUUUUCCCAGUAUUUGAUCUUCCGUCCUGUAAUUUCGUAUCGUGUAAAGACAAAAAACAUUGGAUGAUCUCAUGCGCCACUGAAGAACGAAAAAAAUUUUUUUUUGUCUCGAGUUGUCAUCUCCUACCAACAUUUCUUGAAGUCUUCAUCUCCUCUCGAUGUUUCAAGUUAAAGAGUAAAUUGCAUCUGUUUGAGGAUAACAGGUGUACAUUGUACAUUGCUGCUUAAUUAGUACUACUUUGAUCGGACGUCUUUAUUAAUUCGUGUUUUCUAUAUUAACACUGGGCUCGUUCUCCUUUUAUUAACUCGUAUUUGAACAGUUUUUCAAGACAAUGGGGGAUGAAUUAAUAAAUCAUCUGGCUAAAUAAUGCACAAGUAGAGUUGAUUGAUCAGAUCGGCCGAGCCCUAGCACAAGAAAACAUGAAUCACCUUCUUUCAUUUGAUUACGUAAAACAUUUGUUGUCUUCAUCUCUAAUUUCUUUCUACAGCAACUGAGAGAUUCGGAUCAAUUCACAAAUUUAUUAUAUAUUGUGCUGUUGUACAUGCUUGUCUGUAUUAUGUCGUAUUUCUAGAAGUGAUUGCCACUACACUUGAACUUGGGCCUGCCCUUCUUGAAGUUUUCGGUAAUUUUUUAACCAUUUGUGAUGACAGUUUGGUUAUACAUUCGAUGGGCAUCUUGCACACAAUCGCCAUCAUUCACUGUCUGAAAUCUUGAAGGCCAUCAAUAAUCUAUCGUUUUUGUGUUUAUGAUCAUGUGCAUCAAUAUCCAAGUGAAAUUAUUUUAAACUAAGAUGUAAUCCACAAACCCUUAGUGAAGAACAUAUUGAAGAAAGUGCAACUGAUAACUUGUUAUUUUCUCACUGGUGCAUUCACCUGCUCAAAUAAUUUGUAUGUCCCGAGGCGCGGGUGCCGAUGACCGAAGCUGCCUAACAAGGCUGGUUUAUAAUUUUUUAUGUCACAUCUCGGUGAGAAUUCGUACUGAUUCUUUUCUAGGCUUAAGCGUUACGUGUACAAAGAUGACUCAAAUGCAAUGUGAUGAUAGAGAGAAUGGU